UGUUAGGUAGACUUCACAUAGGAUAGAAUUAUUGUAGUUUGUUUGUAGUGUAGUGAGCCCAGUAUACACGCUCCACUGCAUGAGAACUUCUCUCACACAUAUCAAAGAAGUAAAUAACAAAAAAAAUGAUUUAAUUAUUAUUGUGUUUUUUUUUUUAUAAACAAUUUUUAUCAUAUUAUUUUGCAUAAGUUUAAUCUUAAUCAUCAUCGUAUUUAUUAAUUAAAUUAAAAUGGGAGUACAUGGACUUUGGAGGUUAAUUGAUUCUUCUGGAAAACCUGUGCCGCUUGAAACAUUAGAAAAUAAAGUGCUUGCUGUUGAUAUAUCAAUAUGGCUGCAUCAAGCAAUUAAAGGGUUUCAAGAUUCUCGUGGUACAUCUGUUCCCAAUGCUCAUUUAUUAGGAGUGUAUCAUCGUUUAUGUAAAUUACUUUAUUAUAGAAUACGACCAGUUUUCGUAUUUGAUGGUGGAGUUCCGUUACUUAAAAAACAAACUAUUAUUAAAAGAAAUCAAUUAAAAUAUCAGCAUGAAGAUGAAUCAGAAAGAUUACAUCAAGAAAUUUUAAAUACACUUCUAAAGCAAUCAGCAAUCGAUUCAGUUCUUAUUGAAAACAUAACACAAAAAACAAAUAGUCCAAUAAAAAAAAGUCCUCUAAAAAUAUCACGUAAAGAUGAAGAUAAGGAUGAUAUGUUCAAGUUACCCGAAUUACCUCAAGAAUUUACAUCAAGUCAGAAUAAUUCUGAAAAUGAUAUUGAAGAUAUGCGACCUGUUCAUAAGCAUUGGAUUGAUAUUGAUACGUUCAAUGAAAAAGAUAAAAAAUUCUUAUCAUUACCAGCGGAUGUGCGUCAUGAUAUCCUAACAGAUAUUAAAGAAAAUAAUAAGCGCACAUCAUGGAAGAAAUUAUAUGUAACACCUGCUGAAAAUGGAGAGUUUUCAAAAUUUCAAAUACAGCGUGUAUUAAAAAGACGUUCUUUACAAGUGUCGUUAGAGGAAGCUAAAAAGGAAAUGGGUGGGCAUUCGCUAUCGUUAGGUGAUCUAGAAGCUUUAUUGUGCCAAGAAGGUAUUGUAACCGCUUCAAAAAUGGCGGCAAAACGACGUAUUGCAUCCGAUGAAAAUUCAAGAUUUUUGUUUAUAAAAAGUAUUCAACAAACUAAAAAAGAAAUUACUGAAAAAAUGAAUACUAUUAAAGAGGAAACGAAAAAUGAAAAUGAGGAAUCAAUGGAUGAAAGUUUGAAAAGUGCAAAUAAAUUAUCGAAAAUUGAAAUAAAAAAUGAUUCAGAUUCUUCUCAAGAUUCAGACUUAGCAAUUUAUUCAAAAAAUGAACUCAAUUCUGACUUUGAAUCCGAUUUAGAAAAAGCAAUACAAUUAUCGAAGCAAGAAUUAAAUACGCCUUCUACAAGUUCAAUUCAUCAAACCGAAAAACAACCACAUUUAGAGAAGGUAAUAACAAAAGUAGCGAAAUCUGAAGCAGAUAUAGUUGAUAACGAACUAAACGAACCUUCAACAAGUUUUAUUACUAAUACCAUGAAACAAUUAGAGUAUGACCCAGAUUUAGAAAAGGCUUUAAAAUUAUCUCUAUCUGAAAUCAAUUCAAGCAGUUUAAAUUCUGAACAACAAAUUCAGAUUAAAUCAGAAUCAAGUAAUCAAUUAGACCUAGAAACUGGAGAGGCGAAAAACCAUAGCUGUGAAGAUCAAACAGAAAAUACAAAUAUAGCAAUAAAAGAAGAAUCACCCGAUUUAGAUUUAGAAAAAGCAAUAAAAUUAUCCUUAGAAGCUGAAAAAACAAAAGAAAACGAUGUUAUGGAAUAUUUAAAUAAUUUUAAAGACGGUGAUUUUGAAUUUGACAGUUCUAGCGAUGACGAAAUAUUAUUAACACCCGUAGCAAAAGGUUCAACGUCACUUGCAAGAGCAUACUUAACUGAAUAUAGUGAUUUAACACCUUUGGAAAUCGAAAAGUUUUUAAACACAGAAAAAUCCAAAUCGGAAAUUAAAUCAAAAGAUUUUUAUUUGAAUGAAAUGCUUCUAAAUACGCCAGAGCGGAAAAAACCUACAGAACAAGAUGUUAAGGAAUUACUUCAAGAUCUUACAUCAGAUACUGAAGAAAUGGAUGGUAUUGGAGUUAUUUCUGAUUCAGAUGAAUCAGACGAUUUUGUUGAGGUAAAUGAAUCGAAGGAAUCAAAACCUGUUUUAGAAGUUGUGAUUAAACCCGAAAAUGAAGGCAUUGACGAUUUAUUUGCUGAUGUCUUCGAAACUAAUCAGAAAUCAGUUAAAAUAUCAAUCGAAAAAAGUAUCUCAACGGAAAAAACAUACAUCGAAAAUGAAGUACUAGAAAAUAUACCAGAAAAUGAAAAUAAAACAGUAACUAUUUCAAAAACGAGUGAUUUGGAAAAGGUUAAUAAUAAUGAGAAAUUAAUUGCCACUAGUGAGACCACGACCGAAAAAGAAAAGGAGAAAUUAGUUUGCAUCAAUGAAACCAUAAAAGAAAAAAUAAAUGAUGAAAAAUCAAUUUCUAACAAAGAAGAUUUAUCCGUGGAAAAGAGUACCAAACCAAAAAUUUCUAAAGAAGAAUUAAUAAACCUUAAAGAAAACUUGGAAGCCCAACGUGAAAAUUUAUUAAAGGAGAAAGCUCAUGAAGAGCGAAUGGCAAACUCAAUCACAGAUCAAAUGUAUAAAGAUACCCAACAUUUGCUACAGUUAUUUGGUGUUCCAUAUAUAAUUGCUCCAAAAGAAGCAGAAGCUCAAUGUGCCUUUCUAGAUGAAGUUAAUUUAACGGAUGGAACAAUUACAGACGAUAGUGAUAUUUGGUUGUUUGGUGGAAAAACAGUUUAUAAAAACUUUUUUAAUCACAAAAAGCAUGUAAUGGAAUUUCGAGCUGAAAAUAUUCAACAUCACUUCAAAAUGUCAAGACAACAAUUGAUUUUAUUGGCAUUAUUGGUUGGUAGUGAUUAUACUUUAGGGAUUCAAGGAAUAGGCCCUGUCACAGCUCUAGAAAUUUUAGCUGCAUUUCCCCCUUCAAAACAAGAAACAACUAUUCUUAGCCAAGAUGAGCUUAUAUCUGGACUACGGCAGUUUAAACAAUGGUGGCAAGGUGGGCGAGUUGCUGGACCUGGAAAAGCUUCAUUACGUAAUAAAUUAAAAAAUAUUUCUCUACUAGAAGGAUUUCCAAGCAUUCAAGUUAUCAACGCAUACUUACAACCUGAAGUUGAUUCAAACAAAGAAACAUUUUCUUGGGGUAAACCAAAUUUAGAAAAGUUGCGUGAAUUUGCUCGUCAAAAAUUUGGAUGGUCUGAAGUAAAAUGUAACGAAAUAUUAAUGCCAGUUAUGAAACGAUGGGAAGAUCCUAAAUCCCAAAAAUCAAUUCUAGCAUACUUUAAUAAACGCCCGUUAAAAAAUGCGGAAAUCUUAUUGAGUAAACGAGUAAAAAAUGCAGUUACACGUCUAGGACAAGAAAAUUCUGAUGAUAACGAAGAUGUAGAAGAAGAAUUACAACCAAGUACUAGUAGUACAAAAACUAAAUCUAAGGCUACAAAAACUAAGAAAGAAACAAAAACAAAACGAGCCCCUAAAAAACGAAAACCUGGCGAGCCGGAAGUUGUAACACUUGAUGUAGACGUAAAACCAUUAAGUAAGUUACAAGAAAAACUAGUCAAAUUUGAAAAACCUGCACCAAAGACAUACGAGGAGAUUAUACCACAACGUGAAAAAGAUCGGAUAAAUGCAUUGAAAACAAAAUUACGUGCUAUUGAAUUAUAUCGAAAAUCUAAAGCUGGUCCUGGAUAUGUACCAAAGAAGCAGAGACCUCCUCGUAAAAUGAAAGAUGAAGCAGAACUUUCGGAAGAUAGUGAUUAAGCCACAGAAUUUGCAGAAAAUAUUGAUUAAGAUAAUUAAAAAUAUAAUUAAAGUAUUUUAGAAAUACUCUUUAAGACUGCAUUUUGUAUGAUAAACUGUAAAAUAAUAAAACGUACUACAAUACUGUAAUUUAUAAAAUAAUUUUUUAUUUAAUUUAUUAAAUGAU